AUGAAUUCUGCAUCAAAGCCACCCAAGGCCAUCCUUUUCGACAUUGGCGGGGUAGUCCUCAAAAGCCCCUUCCAAGCAAUCCUCGACUACGAGAUCGAAAACAAGAUACCCGUUGGCUACAUCAACUUCGCGAUCCAAAAAGGGCCCCACGACACAGGAGCAUGGCAGCUCAUCGAGCGCGGCGAAGUUGAACUGAACGACGACUGGUUCGCUUCGUUCAAACAACAACUAUCGCGACCGGAAGUAUGGUCCGAGUACUUUCAGCGCCUCGCACAACAAGAAAGCGCUGGAGGCGGGCAGGCGACUGCCGGUGGCAAGCCGACGGUCCCUGAAAUUGAUGCGAAGAAGCUGUUUUGGCGUAUGAUGAAGCUCAGCCGUGCACCGGAUCCAUACAUGUAUCCUGCGCUGCGAAAGCUAGGGCAAAGCGGCAGGUUUGUUCUUGGUGCUUUUAGCAACAACGUCACCUUCCCCGCCGGUAUCCUGGACGAUGAGGGAGAGCUGUACACCAAGGAUAUCAUUCAUCCCCCUGCGCCGAACCCGUAUGCGAAUGAUUCCGGGGACAUUACAAAGUGUUUCGACAUAUUCCUUGGCUCCGCGGCGGUCGGUGUGAGAAAACCAGAUCCAGAGGCGUAUAAGUUGGCGGUGAGGGAGAUGGAUAAGAUUGCGAGGGAGAGGGGCAUGGGAAUUGUGACGGCAGAAGAUACGCUGUUCUUGGAUGAUAUCGGUAUCAAUCUGAAGUUUGCUAAGAAGACGGGGUUGAGGACUAUCAAGGUGAAUCUGGGCAAGACAAAGGAUGCUGUCAAGGAGUUGGAGGCGGCGGUGGGGAUACCGUUAUUAGACGACAAGGCUAGGUUGUAA